GAACCUAUGUAGGUAUAAAUGCGAACUUCGCCUUUAUAAGUAUUGUCGUCAUAAUACGUCGUGCUAAAAUUAGAACGUGCCUAUUAGUGAGCGGCGUCUGUGGUAUAACUCCAAGUCCAGACGAGGAUCUUCGCUGGCAUGGAGCUGGUGUCGUUCGCAUUGGCGUACUUCGCUGCCAAGCGACUGUCGCUGCUCACGGCCUUUCUCUGUUGGAGACCAGAGGAGCUGUCAGCGCUAUGUCGAGACGCGCAGCGCCAAGGCAUGCGAAUCAGCAUAGCCGACUGGACGCAUCUGCCGCCACUCGAGCCCUAUGCGACACAUCGGGAAGGCAUGCUGCUGGACGUUACCUGUCCCGACGCCCCACUCGUUUUAGAAAAGGCGUCUUCAACCCGCGCUUUCAAUCUCCGCCACACCUGGCUAUUGUUGCACAACGCACCGUUCAACGCAUCCCUGAUGGAGGUUACCCUGGACUCAACACUAGUGCUACCAGACGCUGACGUCGCUUGGGUGGCCAACGACCAAUUUCUGGAUGUGUAUCGAAUCAAGCACGACCAGGCGCUGAUUACUAUGCCGUUGGGGGACGACGCGGCACGUGUAGCACUCCCUGCUGCCCCAACUAGGAGGCGAGACCUCAACAACGUGUACUUGAGGAGUUCCACUAUAAUAUCGCAGCCGCAAUUCUUCAAGGGCUGGAAUGACCUGACGGUGCGGCAAAUUGACACCUUCCCCAAACUUACGUGGCCGCUCAUGCACCUGCUGGCAGACGACUUACACUUCAGGUACAACUUGAUACAAGUGGACUUAUAUGGCGAGAACCGGAAUGGAUCGUUCGACGGCCUGGCGGGGCAGCUGCAGCGCCAGGAGAUCGAAGUCGGCAUCACUUCCAUGUUCCUCCGUGCCGAUCGCAUGCAAGUUCUGCACUUCUGCUCCGAGACCGUUGAACUCAGGGGAGCAUUCAUGUUCCGACAGCCGUCAAAAUCCGCAGUCUCCAAUGUGUUCCUUCUGCCGUUUAGCCGCGGAGUGUGGAUAGCGACGGCACUGACGCUGGUGCUCGCUGCAGUAACGCUGGCGCUGCUGGCGCGGCGGCCACGGCUACGAGCAGUCGAUGCGUCGUUGGAACAGCUCUCGAUAGGGGAGGCUGUCAUCUUUACCGUCGGCACCGCGUGCCAGCAAGGGUUCCACAUCGUGCCUGAACUGGCUUCAGCGCGCGUGGUGAUGUUCUGCGCCCUGAUGACGGCCCUGUUCGCGUUCACCGCGUACUCCGCCAAGAUUGUGGCAAUCUUGCAGACGCCCAGUGAUGCAAUCCGCACCAUCGAUGAUCUCACGAACUCGCCCAUGACCAUGGGAGUUCAGGAGACCACGUACAAGAGGGUUUAUUUUGCUGAGAGCACUCAGCCGGCGACACAGAGGCUGUACCGGCACAAGCUGUUGCCUCUCGGCGACCGAGCGUACCUCAGCGUUGUGGAUGGCGUGGCGGCCAUGCGUACAGGCCUUUUCGCCUUCCAGGUUGAAGAGCCAUCAGGCUACGAUAUCAUCAGCAAAACUUUCACAGAGCGCGAAAAAUGCGGCCUCAUGCAGAUCCAGGCCUUCAAGUUACCCAUGGUGGCUGUGCCCAUACGGAAACAUUCCGGUUAUAAGGAACUCUUCGCCACCAGGUUACGAUGGCAGCGCGAGACUGGGCUGAUGGAUCGCACUCGACGCAUUUGGCUGGCGAGCAAGCCGCGCUGUGACGCCAACUCGGGCGGAUUCGUGAGCGUCGGCAUCAUCGACAUCUUGCCUGCUCUGCAUGUGCUGGCUGCAGGAAUGGUAGCGUCGGUGUUGUUCCUGGUCCUCGAGCGCAGCAUGGCGCGCCUAAAGUGCUGUGGAGUCCGCGGCUCCUAACGCUACGUGAGAAAGUUAUGCCUAAGGAACUGUAGUCAUGGAUUUUGCACAUAUUAAUGCAUGGAGAGCAGAAAUAUGGUCUUUGUAGAAUGAUUUUGCGUAUGCUUACUUGCGCUCUGUCUCUUUUUUCAGGGUAACUUUCCUGAAUGUUACUUGAUAAAGUAAGGACGCUAAUCACGAAGAAUUUCGUACAUUGACCUAUUUCUUGCCGGUACUUGUGUUGCUGUUUUCUUUCUGUAUUUAUUUUAUUUUAUUGGAGUGUGCAAUAAAGAGUAUUUCUAUUGAACCGCCUAUUCCUAUCUUUAUCGUACGCGCGUAAUUAUAUUACUAUCCCGCCCAUGAUGCCGGCGCCGGCGAUCAGUGCAAGCGGGACAGCAAUAGAGUCCGACCAAGCUAAGUUGCUUAGCUUGGUCUAACUAUAAAUAUUCGCAUGCGAAUGAGAUAGGAAUAGGCGGGUCAAUGUACGAAAUUCUUCGUGCUAAGCGUCCUUAUCUUAGCACUAUAGCAAAAUAUACCUUAACUUAAUGGUUUAUUCAUUCAAAACACACACUGCAGAAAGAAAGAGCAUAGCUACACUCCACAGAUAGAAGAAUAAUCUACUCCCAAAUUUUCAGUUUAUUUUAAAGUAAGUA